AUGCGCUCUUCGAUAUUACUUGCGUCCGCACUGGGUGCCCUCACCACCAUCGCCGCUCCAACAUGGCCAGCCUUGAACAUGAACGCGGCCAUGCCAGGCUCGUUGGACACCGUCUCGGCGUACUUCAACAUGCUGGCCAGGAAGGUCCAGGAGAGCAGACAGAUGACUGUGGCUCCGGUCUGUGACCUCUCGAAAGCACAAUUGCCUGAAGCUCCCGUACCACUUCCACCGGUCAGCGCUGGCUUGGCAUUGAAGCACGUCGCUGUCGGCCGUGGCACGCAGAACUACACAUGCGAUACCACAAACGCAACCGCUGCUCCUGUCCAGGUUGGUGCAGUGGCAACGCUAUUCAACGCCAGCUGCGUAGUCUCCAGCUACCCCGACCUUGCCAACAUGAUCACCAAGAUGGCACUUCGGUUCUCCCUCACCGACGAGGAGGCAAGACUCGGGCCGAGCAACCUGGCCAUCUCGGGCAUGCACUACUUCACCAACACGACCACUCCCUUCUUCAACCUCGACCGGCCCAACUUGCAACUCGGCGAGGCACCAAGCGCCAAGCUGAACGGGACUAGUGCACCCGCUGAUGCCGCCAAGGGACCUAAUGGUGAGGCUGCUGUACCGUGGCUGAAGCUCAAGACCCGCGACGGCGCCACUGGUGAUCUACAAGAGAUCUAUCGUGUUGAGACGGCAGGAGGCUCCGCGCCGGCGACUUGUGCAGGCAUGCCCGCUACAUUCGAGGUCCAGUACUCAGCACAAUACUUCUUCUACUCAGGUCAUAAAUCUACAUGA